AUGAGCCCCAAACUCCAAUCCCUUACCGUCCCUACAUGCCCCUUCUCCCUAAGUCCAAGCUUCUCAAUCGGGGCCCGCGACAGCGGCGUCAACAACCUCCUCGGCGAUGGACUCGGCCUGCUCGGUGAACCACAGGGCCUCAACGGUUCGCACAACCUGAUAGAAUCAGACUCGUCGAAUACGCGGGAUGGCCUGUAUGUCACUGGUGAUGCGUCGACUAUGAACGAGACGCUGUUCAUGGAGUGGUAUGAUUCCUUUGAUGAGGACGGAACGUUCAGCAUGGAUGUGAUGGCUGCGCGGGCGGCGAGGCGGUUCGAGGAGAGUAAGGCUUCCAACCCGGACUUCUUUUAUGGGCCUGUGACGGGCCUGUUUGCGAGGAAUGCUGGGUAUGCGUUCAACGUGAGGUUGCUGGGGAAUUAUUCUGGGGUUGAAGGGGGGCAGGUUUUGACCAAGAAUAUUGCCCGCAGCUUCUACGGCAUGUCAGGCACCAAUAAAGCGGGCCUGUCUUAUGAAAAGGGCCACGAACGCAUUCCCGAAAACUGGCACCGCAGACCCGUCGACUACGGCCUCCUCGAUCUAAACGUCGACCUUCUCGGCUGGGCUAUGAAGUAUCCGGAACUGGCAAGCAUCGGCGGCAACACCGGCACCAUCAACAGCUUCACGGGCGUUGACCUCUCCAACCUUACCUUUAUAACUCUUAGUAAUCUAGGGUUAUAA